CAGUUGUUCCGGGUGGUGGAUCCUGGGUCUUUCUUUCUUCUUCGUAACUCAGAAAGCAGUUCAAAUUGACUGAAAAAAAGAGAAAACAAGACAUUACACAAUAGCCUGGAAAGCUCUGGGCAUGGUGUAAACGCUGGGCAGGCGGCGAUGAGGAUAGACAAGGAGCCGGAUUCCCUCCUGCUUCCACCUGACCCCUUCCUUUUCAUCCGAACCGGAUCCUCCCUCAGCAAGUUCCAGGUGUUUUCCACAUAAAACAGGCGGCUGUUUGUUCCUUAAUCUCCCUGAAAGCGACUUCCCCUCUGCCCCAUCACUCUUUCUUCGCUCGGUCGUUCAUGCCUAGAAUCUUGUCCUCGGCAUUCGGCUGGUGGGGGCUCGGUCUCUAUGGUGACGGGCCGGGAUUUCCAGGCCGCAGGAUGUCGACAGCGUCUAAGGUGGUUUUCGGUGCUUCCGUGGUAUUGACAGUGGGUACGGUGGCCGGGGUCCAUCUUAAGCAGCAUCAGGACAGGGAGAGAUUGCGAGAAGGAGUCUUCAGAGAUCUUGAACGACAGGCACGCAAAAAGGAGAAUCUUCGAAUUCUGGAGGAACAGAUUAGCCUGACAAAGAAACUGGAAGCAGAUCGACUUCAGCAAAGUUCAUUGACCCCAGGAAGCUCUCAACAGACUGAAAAGCAGUAGCCUUGUUU